AUGGUGGUGCUCGCAACCCCGCACGGAACGUCGGCCAUGGCGCCGCAACUUCCGGUCGAGAGUGGCGCCGCGCACCAUCCGCACGCUAACAGCGAAGGAGCGCUUCCCGCCUCGGCGGGAAGCGAGGGCGGUAAGGCGGAACAGUCGCCGCCGUCGCCGCCGGCGAAAGGGGUCGCCGGCGACGCCGCAGCGGCGCUGUCGCCAGCGCUAGUAGCGAGCGGAGAUGAGGGCAAGGCGGCGGCGGCGGCGCUGUCGCGGCAUUCAAUAACGGACUGGUUAGCGAUGCUGCUGUGGCUGGGGUGUCCGCACAUCCUGCUCGCGCUGCUCGUGCUCAUCGCGCUCUCCUUUCCACACCCCCUCGCCAUCGCGCUGCUUCUGCUCCUCGCCACGCUCGCCUUCACGCCCGUCGAUGUCGAGGGACCCCUCGCCCACGCCUACCGCAGGUGGCUCUACCCGGUGGUGCUGCGCCACUUCCCCGUGCGCAUGCUCUUCCGCGACCAGAGCGCCCUCACCUUCGGCAAGCCCUACGUGAUAGCACUGGAGCCGCACUCGGUACUGCCGGUGGGGCUGGGCGCGUUUCUGCUGCACCCGCUGUCGGCGGGGGGAGUGGUGGGCGCCACGAGCGCCGUCUUCCGCGUGCCGCUGCUGCGCCACAGCUGGGGGUGGGUGCGCGUCGUGCCCGCCACGCGUGCCGUGCUGUCCGCUGCGCUGCAGCGCGGCCGCCCCGUGAUCCUCGUGCCGGGCGGCGUACAGGAGUGCGUCUUCAUGGCUCCCGGCAAGGAGGUGGCGUUCGUCCGCCAGCGCUUGGGCUUCAUUCGCCUGGCUCUGCAGCAUGGUGUGCCCGUGCUGCCCUGCUUCGCUUUCGGCCAGACUAGUGCAUACCGCUGGUGGAGGCCAGAGGGGGAGUGGUACCGGUGGGUGGCUCGGAGAUUAAGGUUUGCGCCGAUUCUCUUCUGGGGCGUGUGGGGGUUGCCCAUCCCCUUCCGCACCCCCCUCACCAUCGUCAUCGGCACACCCAUCGGACAGGGUGACCCUGACCCCAACCCCUCAAAAGAAAGGGUGGCAGCAGUGCAUGCGGAGUACGUGAGGGCAUUGGAGCGGCUCUUCCUAGACUACCGCGCCCAGGCAGGCUACCCCACCACAGAGCUGGAAAUCAUGUGA